AUGUCAGACUUAUUUAAGGAGUGUUCGGUUUCAAUGAAGAAGAAAUUUCCAGAUGUUAGUAACCUAGUUUCAGAAGAACUUUCCUUAAUAUCAAGUGCCAGCAGGAACAAUAUAUCAAAGCCAUCUAGUCAGUCUCAAAAUUUCGAAUUAUGUCAGAAUUUAGAACUGCUGAGAAGAAACGUAGAAAGUUUGGUAAGCAAGCGCGAUCUCAUUAUCAAAUAUUUACAUACCAUGGACAAGCAACAGCGAUAUUUGCCAGCUUCAUUACCAUCUCAUAAGAAGGUUACUGAAGCAGUUUCGUCUUUAGAUUCUUUGUUAUCUAGCGAGUCUUUAGACAUCCAUGUUUUCAGUACAGAACAACUCAAACAGUCAUUAUUAAGUACGGAAAAUGACAUCAAAAAUUUGGCAAAUUUUAACCGGGACAUGGUGCUUGCAAUACGUCAGCUCAACAAAGCCCAUAAUUUGCUUGAAAAUAGUCCAUAG